AUGCGCUUCCCAUCCAGCUACUACGGCCAGAUCAGCCCCGGGCAGCUUUUCGGGCGAGGCGACGUAUGCGACGAGGCCUAUCCCAAUGAGGGCGCCUAUUCCAAGACCUGCACACCAGGCAACACCCCAUGCUGUUAUCGCAAAGGACAAGCCUUCCCCCGUUGCGUCAACAGCGGAGGAGCGGGAUGGUGUUGUGAUGGAACCGGUUCCAGUACUUGCUUCGUCGACCAAAACUCCGCCUGCGAAGAGCCCGACGCAGUAACCUGCACCAACCUCGCUCGCGGCGCCAAGAAAGCUUGCUGCCCAAAGAAGACCAAGUGCGACGAUGUCUUCGAGGCGAGUGAGGAUGGCGUGCGAUGCCAGAUGGAGUUUGAUGACUUGGCGAAGCUGGCAGCUGGGAACUUGGGGCUGGCGCUGGCGUCGACGGAGAGCCUUACGGUCACGGUGUCAGCGACGGGCGGUUCGACGGGCGGUUCGAUGACGGGGAUUGCUCAAACGUCGACGUCCCAUAGUUCGACGGUGUCGUCUUCUGGGGGCGCGGCCUCGUUGGCAUCCACGUCAUCUUCGUCGUCCCCUACGCCAGCAACGGGUGUAUCCGCUUCCAGCUCCCCCUCAGGCACACCUUCAACCACACCCUCAAACACCACCACCACCGACCCAUCCGUAUCCUCCUUCUGGAAAUCCAAAGGCGGCAUAGUUAGCGUAGCCCUCUGCGUCGCCGUCUUCCUGGCUUUUAUCGUCCUCCUCAUCUUCGGUCUCCAGCGCCAGCGUAACAAGAAGAAGGCGCAGCGAAUACGGGCAAUGACCCGCUCCAGAUCCUUGCCACGAGGUGCAUAUCUCCCCGAGCGUCCUGUGUAUGCGCCUCUUGCUGAGACUGAAGACCAUGCAGCAGAAGUAGUAGUAGCGGUAGCAGAAAUGAGCUCGACUCCUGCCGAAGACAACCGCCAACGGCAACAGAGGGAGGUGGAGAUGCGCCCGCCGUCGUAUUAUGCCGUUGGUCCGAAAGAUGUGCCGCCGUCGCGUGGCGGAGGGCGGGAGGACGAAGACGAGGACGAAUUGGCGGAGUUGGAUGAUACGCAGAUCAAAUCGGUAUUGAACGGGGAGGGACCGUGA